GAUGCUGACGUCACUAUCCAAGUCGACCAGCUGAAAUGACGUUACGCGACGAAUAUAAACAGAAUUAACUGCGCUGCUGAAUCUAAAUUAGUAUUUUCUAAACAUCCCCUGUUUACCCUUCGGAAGCUCUUUAUCUAUCACCAAGAUGACUACAAGAACAACGUUAGCACAAACUUCUACACGUACAGCCACAGAAGAAACGAGGGCGUCACCGUCAGUGACGCUCAAACUACGCAAACCUAAAUCGGACAAGAAGGUGGUCUGGAAGACGGGUGUGGUGGAUAAUGAGCACAUGGGCAAGAAGAAAUCAAAAUGUUGCUGCAUCUACAAUAAACCGAGGAUGUUUGGAGAGAGUUCGUCGAGCAGUGAAGGAGAAUCGGAUGACGACUGCAAGAUGUGCCGCAAGCAACAGAAGCAAAACUACAACAAGCACAAAGAUGACUGCUGUGAUAAUGACCCCCCACAGGGAACGAUAGGGGAUGACUAGAACACUAUAAGGAUAGAGUUACUUCUGUAUCCCUCACAGCAUUAAGUGUGGUCUUGCACUGUAACUAAAAGUUACACCAGUCAUCGUUGUGUCUCAUUAUUUGCUAUCGCAUCAGCCUGUAUGUUGUUGAAUUGCGUUAAAAGCUUCUGUGGUGCAGUUUGGAGAUGAGAACAGGUAGUUAGCGCUUCUUUUGGUCAAAUGGAAAGCCGCAGCUUUUGGGAGAAAAAAGAUACAUUAAUGUUCGGUACCGUGUAUGCACAAUAUGUAUUUUGCAGAGUAUUGUACCUUCGAGUGCAUGGGCACCGUACCUGCAAUUACUGAUAAAUAUCUUUGUGAGAAUGAGAUUGAAUAGUGAUAAUGAUAGCUACAUUUAUUGUGCCUAUAUUCUUCCCAGUGGAUGGAUGCAUAAAGCACCUACUAUCGUGACCCAAGCUCCAUUCAACCUACCCUAAGAUACACACUGUACCAUACCAAAAGCAUGCCAGGAAUUGCUGCCUGUUCCCAUGUUGCUACACUUGGAUGGAGAGUGGCAAAUGUAGAUUGAUGUCUUUCCAAAGGAUGUGAGUGUUGUGGCAGGUACUACCAGCAUUAAAGGAAUUACCUACUACCAAGUCCCAUGUUACUGUACCUGGAUGGAGAGUGGCAAAUGUAGAUAAUAGUCUUUCCAAAGGAUGUGAGUGCUGUGACAUGUAGACCGAGAAAACUUACCUUGUUAGGCGCCUUGAGCAUCUCUUGGGGUGGAUAUGUGCUCAUUAUAAAUGUUGUUAUUAUUUUUAUUAUUAUUACUGCAAGCAUUCAAGGUAUUUACUUACUACCGGGUCCCAUGUUAAUGACGAACUACACCUGGGUUGGUAGUGGCAGAUGUAGUUUGAUGUCUUUCCAAGGGAUGUAAUUGCUGUGGCAUGGCACGGGCUACAUAUAGAACAACAAACCAUUUGAUCCACAGUUUAGUGAUUUAUAUCUUAGAGAUAUAUAGGAGGAAGCUUGUAGAACCUGAAAUCCUUUAGUGCAUUUAAUAUCCUAAGAACCGAGUAUCGGAAUUAACAAGGGGCUUGGGGGCCGAGAAAACAAUUUUGAGCUUAUACUUUAAGGUCCCUAUUGAAAUAGAUGAAUUAUAUAUCAUUGGAAAGUUUAUAAGCCAUAGAUUACAAUAACACGCAUAUGUAUGUGUUACAUAACUUGUGUUAGCCUCUAGCAACAGAACUUGAAAGCUGAAGCUU